CGGCAACAAAGCACACGACGAGGCGUGGUGCACAGAGCCGCCGGGUUGUGAGGGGACAACGUCUUGAAAAACACGAUACACGAUGCUUCUCGGACGCGUUGGCACGCUUCUCCCGAGCUGCGGUGGCAGGUUAGCCACACGACGCUUUCUCGCCAAGAAAGCCGCAGGGCGGGGAGGAGGAGGGAAGAAGGGGAGUGGGACGCCCAAAAAGGGACCGGCGGCGAUAAAAGCCAGAGGGGCAAUGUCGGUGUCGAAGGCUGGAAAGCAAGGUAGCAACACCGGCAAAAGCGGCGGCGCAGCAGCAAGAGAAGCAGCGGCGACAACAACAAGCACGACGAAGGCCGCCGCAGCAGAGGCAGCGGAAAGCGCAAAGCCGCCUCCUGUAGGGGGCGGCGGUGGUUUCACGAAGAGCGAGAUGCUCGCCGCAAGGAAGGCCAGAAAAGCUAGCGCCACUGCGGAGAAGGCGGCUGCCGCUGCGACUGCGAAAGCGGCCGCGCCUGCCGCGGCCGCGGGAGCCGGUCGGGCAGGUGGCGUAGGAGGAGCUGCAAGCGCGGCAGGGGCGGGAGGGGCGAAGGGGCAAGGGAAGUGGGGUUGGGGGACCAGGCUCCUCGCGGGGACGUCGGUGGGGCUGGCGGCGUUCGGGAUCGCUUGGCAGCUGAAGCCUGACGAGAUGAGGAAGCUGCUGGACGACAGUCCCAUCGACCACUUCUUCAUCUGGUUCAUGGGCAAGUGGGCACUGGUGAGAGGAACCCUUCCUUGCUUUUCGUCUUCACAGAAGGCGUUUUCGUACGUCUAG